UCGGAAACCAUAGAGGUCCAUAUCUGAGACAUACCUUGAGGGGGUUUAGGUUUCUCUGGUUGUAUUCCAACAAGAAGAAGAAGAAUCCGAAAAUCGAAAAAUGGGUACGAAUCAGAAUCCGGACGAAACGCAAAAGAAGAAUAGCGUUGGUCCCUCCACUGCCUUGGCUUACCUCGAUCCUCACUACUGGGAUGAGCGGUUUUCUAAUGAAGAACAUUACGAGUGGUUCAAAGAGUACUCUCAUUUUCGCCACCUCAUUCAAGCCCAUAUCAAACCCACUUCUUCUGUGUUGGAGCUGGGUUGUGGGAACUCGCAGUUGUGCGAAGAGUUAUACAAGGAUGGGGUUACUGAGAUAACAUGCAUUGAUCUCUCAGCUAUUGCGGUGGAGAAGAUGCAGAAGCGAUUAGCAUUGAAGGGAUAUAAAGAAAUAAAGGUUCUGGAAGCUGACAUGCUAGACCUGCCCUUUAGCAAUGGUGUUUUUGAUGUCAUCAUUGAGAAAGGAACCAUGGAUGUAUUGUUCGUGGACAGUGGAGAUCCAUGGAAUCCGCGGCCAGCAACAGUAACCAAGGUCAUGGCAAUGCUUGAAGGUGUUCAUAGGGUUUUGAAACCCGAUGGGAUUUUUAUCUCAAUUUCUUUUGGCCAGCCGCACUUCAGGCGUCCUUUAUUUGAUGCUCCAGAAUUUACCUGGUCUGUUGAGUGGAGUACUUUUGGUGAUGGAUUUCACUAUUUUUUCUAUGUCUUGAAGAAGGGAAAGAGAUCGUCCGAUGGAAAAGGAUGUAUUGAGAGCUUCAAGAUGCCAUCCAUUUCUCUGCUUCACGAAGAGUUUGAAAGUGAAGAUUAUAUUUUCCGGACCAUCAUUGAUGACAUGGAUAAUUAGAACUGAUUUUAGAUUGAUUUUUUUUUUUUUUUUUUUUUUUUUUUUUUAAUUUCCAUGGUGUAAACUUGAUUUGAUUCUACUCCAAGCAGUGAUUUUUGUUUACAUUUUUUUUUUUAAAAAAAAAAAAACAUUAAUAAACAACUCAAAAUAUAGAACAUCCAAAGUUGUUUUCGCUUUUA